AAUACUUAACUAUCAUUUAUUUUGUUUUAAUGAAGCUUUACAAAAGAAAAUACUACGUUCAAAAAUGUAUAAAUCAGAGCUAUAAGCGAGAUAAAAUUCAGACUCAGGCAGCCUUCAUCGAAAAUACAACAAAGUUUUCAAGUUCAACUGUAUCAAACAAGAAUGAAAGCACGGUUCUUGAUUCUUUUGGCACUUGUGGCGAUCCUCGCUUUUGACGGGGGGGAUUCUUGGUUUAGUCGUAGACGACGAAGGCGUCACUGCGCACCAUCAUUCAAAUCAAGCUACUACGCACUACUGAGGCAUUAUCGUGCCCUGUAUAGACGCCACAUUCACGUACUGCAUCAGUACAGAGGUUUGGUUUCAUUCGUCCUUCGAGAGGGUAGAAAUGCAAUGAAAUACGGUAACGAUGUGAGAAAUCUUGGGCGAAAAAUGAUUGCUCAGUUCCACAAACACAGACAAUACACUGGCGAUAUAGAAUUUGAAGACAAAACUUUGAUGGACGAGAGCCAUGAUUUUGACGAUGAGAAGUUCGAUGAACAAGAUAUCGAUGAUCAGGACAUGUUCCAGGAUUCAGAAGAUUUUGAUAACGAAGACGAGGAAGAACUCAAACAAUUAUCCGGUGAAGUGGAAGACACCGAUCAAAACAUCCACGAGACUCAACAAAGAGAAUAAUGAGAGA